AUGACACCCAAUGCCGGAAUUGCCGCCAUCGUGGCUCCAGCCGCCUUGCUCGAUGUCGAAGAGACCGAGUUGUUAGAAUAUUUGGUUGUGGCAGACAACUUCGCAAUUAGAGCCCCUCCAAACACUUACCCAAAGGCUGCUACCACGUCUUCGUCCGAAUCGGACCCGGAACUCGAGGAAGAUCCCGGUUUCGUUCUCGAUGAACCCCCAGCGCUGGAGGAGCUGGACCCCGCGCCUGACUCGGAAUUCGACCCAACAGACCCAGAACCCGGGGCACCGAUGCCGCCCUUGGCAACGGCCUCGGGCGAGCAGAGCCGGUCCCAAGUUUUGUCGUCAAAGUGCUCCCUCGCUUCGGGGCACAACUCUUUGAAGAACAUGGUGCAUGCAGUACAUGGACCAAGACAUGACGACGAUGUGGUUGAACGAAGGGUCGCAGUAGCCGCUCAUGCAGGUGGCCGCGUUGGCGCACAUACACUGCAUUGUGCGUGGACGUUGUGCAACUUGUGCUUCAUUUAG